AACCGUAAAGAAGGCAAAGGAAACUGCUGCUCUUUCGUGUGAAUUCACAGAGAACGUUUAGUAGCGAAAACCGGUUAAGCUUCUUCAACAUUUAGCUAGAAUUUCUUUAUUUAUUACCAACAAUCCAGGUGGAAGACCAUGGCUUCGGGAGGGGAAACUAAAAAUGAUGACCUACAAACUGCAAUUCUGAAACAAAAGAGCAGACCCAACAGACUGAUUGUUGAUGAAUCGAUCAACGAAGACAACAGCGUGGUCUCUCUUUCUCAGGCCAAGAUGGACGAGCUGCAGCUCUUCCGUGGCGACACAGUUCUGAUGAAGGGGAAGAAGAGGCGGGAGACGGUGUGCAUCGUGCUCUCAGAUGACACCUGCUCCGACGAAAAGGUUCGGAUGAACAGGGUGGUCCGCAACAAUCUGAGGGUCCGUCUUGGCGACGUCAUCAGCAUUCAGCCGUGCCCUGAUGUGAAGUACGGAAAGAGGAUUCACGUCCUGCCGAUAGACGACACAGUAGAGGGAAUCACUGGCAACCUGUUUGAAGUCUACCUGAAGCCGUACUUCCUGGAGGCUUACAGACCGAUCCGCAAAGGGGAUAUUUUCCUGGUCAGGGGAGGCAUGAGAGCUGUGGAGUUCAAGGUGGUUGAGACCGAUCCUUCCCCCUACUGCAUUGUUGCUCCCGACACAGUCAUCCACUGUGAGGGCGAGCCAAUCAGGAGAGAGGACGAGGAGGAGUCCUUGAACGAGGUGGGCUAUGACGACAUCGGAGGAGUCAGGAAGCAGCUAGCUCAGAUCAAAGAGAUGGUGGAGCUGCCUCUCAGACAUCCUGCGCUCUUUAAGGCCAUAGGAGUCAAGCCCCCACGUGGAAUACUUCUAUACGGACCACCGGGAACUGGAAAAACCUUGAUUGCCAGGGCUGUGGCAAAUGAAACGGGAGCUUUCUUUUUCCUCAUUAACGGCCCUGAGAUCAUGAGCAAACUGGCUGGAGAGAGUGAGAGUAACCUGAGAAAGGCCUUCGAGGAAGCGGAGAAGAAUGCUCCUGCCAUCAUCUUUAUUGAUGAACUUGAUGCAAUUGCUCCAAAGAGGGAGAAGACUCACGGAGAGGUGGAGAGGCGCAUUGUUUCCCAGCUGCUGACUCUUAUGGACGGCCUGAAGCAGAGGGCUCACGUGAUCGUCAUGGCUGCCACCAACAGACCCAACAGCAUUGACCCGGCUCUCAGGAGAUUUGGGCGUUUUGACAGAGAGGUGGACAUCGGCAUCCCCGACGCCACUGGCAGGUUGGAGAUUCUGCAGAUUCACACCAAGAACAUGAAACUGGCUGACGAUGUUGAUCUGGAGCAGGUCGCCAACGAGACCCACGGCCACGUCGGUGCAGAUCUGGCGGCUCUGUGCUCCGAGGCGGCUCUGCAGGCCAUUAGGAAGAAGAUGGACCUGAUCGACCUUGAGGACGAGACUAUCGAUGCUGAAGUCAUGAACUCUCUGGCCGUUACCAUGGACGACUUCAAGUGGGCUCUGAGCCAGAGCAACCCGUCCGCUCUGAGGGAGACGGUUGUCGAGGUUCCCAACAUCACUUGGGAGGAUAUUGGAGGUCUGGAAGAUGUGAAGAGGGAGCUGCAGGAGCUGGUGCAGUACCCUGUAGAGCAUCCAGACAAGUUCCUGAAGUUUGGCAUGACCCCGUCCAAGGGGGUGCUUUUCUAUGGUCCCCCUGGUUGUGGUAAGACUCUGCUGGCCAAAGCCAUUGCCAACGAGUGCCAGGCAAACUUCAUCUCCAUCAAAGGACCAGAGCUGCUCACCAUGUGGUUUGGAGAGUCUGAGGCUAACGUCAGAGAGAUCUUUGACAAGGCCCGUCAGGCUGCCCCGUGCGUGCUCUUCUUCGACGAGUUGGACUCCAUAGCCAAGGCCCGCGGCGGCAACGUUGGCGACGGCGGUGGAGCUGCCGACCGCGUCAUCAACCAGAUCCUGACCGAGAUGGACGGGAUGUCUAGCAAGAAGAACGUGUUCAUCAUCGGAGCCACAAACAGACCGGACAUCAUCGACCCGGCCAUCCUGAGACCCGGCCGUCUGGAUCAGCUCAUCUACAUCCCCCUGCCCGACGAGAAGAGCAGGAUCAGCAUCCUGAAGGCCAACCUGCGCAAGAGUCCCAUCAGCAAGGACGUGGACUUGGACUUCCUGGCUAAGAUGACCAACGGCUUCUCCGGAGCUGAUCUCACGGAGAUCUGUCAGCGGGCCUGCAAGCUCGCCAUCCGAGAGAGCAUCGAGAACGAGAUCCGCAGGGAGAGGGAGAGGCAGACCAACCCGUCGGCUAUGGAGGUGGAGGAGGACGAUCCUGUGCCAGAGAUCAGGAAGGACCACUUUGAAGAAGCGAUGCGAUUCGCCCGUCGCUCCGUCAGCGACAACGACAUCCGCAAAUACGAGAUGUUUGCUCAGACACUGCAGCAAAGCCGAGGCUUCGGCAGCUUCAGGUUUCCCUCCAGUGCUGCAGGUGGCAGCGGUCCAAGUCACGGCUCAGGUGGAACUGGUAGCGGUCCAGUGUUCAACGAAGAUAAUGACGAUGAUCUUUACGGAUAGAGUCACACUGCCCCAUAGUGGUCGGUCCUGGGAUCACACCUGUACAAAUUCUCACCAGAUUCCACAUUUUUAGGACUUUGUGCUUCUUUCAUGUGUUCCCUUUUUUUUCUUUCUUUUUUUUUCUUUUUUUUUUCUUCUUUAUUUUGUAUAAUUUCCCAUGGAGAAAGCAUGUAGCCACUUGGUUUGCCCUGACUUUGAUGUGGGUAGGGGACUGGGAUGAUGAAAAUGGAAGGUGAGUGACUUCAAACAAGGGUCAGAGAGGGCGGGGUUGGCGUUUUUUCAGUGGCUUCAUUGUUGGUAUAUCACAAAAAAAAAAUACAGGAAUGGCUAUAGUGCAGGGGGUUUCUGCUAGACUCUGAAUGACAAACAUUGCUGAUGACUUUUUUUCUUUUUUUUAAAUAAACAGUAGCAUAUAAUGUAUUACAAAUUUGUCAAGGUUAUGUUGUUGCAAAUAAAAUCUCACUAAAUGGAGGAGUUA